AGCCUAAGCGCUCCCGGCAUGCCACGCGGCGGCUGAAUUUGAAAUGGUCUGCGUUAGCGGCACAAAAAUGAGCGUCCCGCCGCUACCUCCUAUGUGGCAGCUCUACCUGCUAGAUACCCGCAUCUCUACCUUCCAGAACUGGCCUUUUACGGAGGACUGCGCCUGCACACCGGAGCGGAUGGCUGAAGCUGGGUUCAUCCAUUGCCCAAGUGAGAACGAGCCUGAUUUAGCCCAGUGCUUCUUCUGUUUCAAGGAACUAGAGGGCUGGGAACCAGAAGAUGAUCCUAUGUUGGAACAUAAAAAGCACUCAUCUAGUUGUGCCUUCAUUAGCAUUAAAAAGAAGAUUGAAGAUUUAACACUCAAUGAAUUCCUGAAACUGGACAAAGAAAGAGCCAAAAACAAAAUUGAAAAGGAGACCUCCCGGAAAAGAACAGAAUUUGAAGAGCAUGCAAAGGAAGUACGGCAUGACAUUGAGCAGUUGGCUGCUUUGGAGUGACUUCUCUCUCCUUGAUAAAUUAUCUCACAGCUUAAUCAUUAAUUCUGAGACAUAUUCUCCAAAUAUUAGUGUGGAAUUCACUUAAUGAUACCUUUUAACAGGAAAGAACUGUGGGAAUUUGACAUUAGACUUCAUCAGCUGUUUUUUGCUCGAAGAUGGCGCCAGUUGCAACUUGAUUCCCAUAGUAUUCUGCUUAUGUUUAUGGUGUUGGUGGCUUCUAUCUUUUUUGAGCUAUUUUAAAAUUUUUGUAUUUUUAUAUUGCUCCUCCCUGGCCUUGCCAGGGUGAGACCUGGAUGAGAAGUAGAAGGGACUAAGCACUGAAUCCAUUUUUAUUCCAUUUUUAUAUUGCUAUUCAUGACUGAUAAACUGUCUCAUAGUUAUUACUGUUAUCUGUAGUAUUUAUUGUCUGGCUUUCUAUCUCUGGAUCCUGGAAUUUGAGGACUAGAAUGGUCUGUGUGUGGGUGAAUUUAUAAUCCCAUGGUAAUUAAGGAUACAGUAUUUUUAUACCUUGUAUUAUAAUACUUUGGAUUUAUACUGUACCAUUUUUGCAUUAUACACAAAGUAAUUUGAAUAUUCAUUUAUCACAAUGGUCUUUUGAUGGUACUAUUGCCUUUGUUUUAUCUUAUCAGGAGUAUGCACGCUUCCAACAUAAGACCUGAAUGAAAUAUCACAUAACAAAAUUUGUACAUGAUGACAUGUGUUUUAAAAAUUAGCAGUCUAGUAGCUAUUUGUAGUAAUAUCCAUUUUUGGUAAUAAUACUAGUAAAUACAUUUUAUGUUUCAUUUAUCUCAAAUAUAGAGAAAUAUGCUUUAAAAAAAACAUCCCUCUUCCUCUUAGUAUUUGUAAUCAAGUCUUUUUCAGAUAGCUACAGCAUUGUAAAAGGUCUAAAGAUUGUUGGAAAAGAUCUCCUGUUUUCAGGGCAAAGUAAAACUGCUCUUCUGUUCUGCCUUACUUAAUUUGUUAUAAGAUGCUUAUUACAAUAGAAAAGUCGAAUAACCUCUACAAAAUCAAAUUCCCAAAAGGCCAUUCAAACCUUUUCUAGGGUCUUGGCACACUGCUAUUCCAUUUCCCCCAGAAGAAUUCCUGAAAUAUCUAUUACUUUUGUAGGAGUACAUCCAUGGAUGAUAGCUGUGGUAGGUAGUAUAGAAGAAGGAUUCCUCUAUGUUAUUUUUACGUUUUCAGUAAUGUUUAAAACCAAGCAGAUCAGUAUUUACCUAGCUUUCUAAUAGAAUAUAGAAUGUGGUUUCAUGGACUUCAACAUAGAUUAGAACAAAUUUUUUCUUUUAAGUCACAUUUUUAGAUUUGUACUCUACCUCAGUGCCUUGAAGGUCAUAAAAUUCAUGAGUUCUGGACACACUCUUUAAAGCAGCAAUAUUAACUAACUUUGUGGUAGGUACAAGAUUAGAAAAAUUCAUAUACUAGCUCAUAAUGAAGACAGAAAAAGACUAGUGAACUUGAAUCCCUAAGUAUGGUAUGUUUUCAACUCUUUCUGUGGUGAGUUUUGCUUUCAAGUUAAGCUACUUGCUUGAAUCUUUUGUUGUCAUUUAGAAUGUAGGCCAUUUGAGGGAAAGAACUAUCUCAACCAGCAUCUACCAGAGCAUUAGACACAGUAGAAGCUAAAUAGAUGUUUCUUGAAAGACUACCAUUUUAAUUUAUAGAUUGGUAGGGGCUGGGCCCUUAAAUAGCUCCUCAGGAAAGAUGAGUCAGAAAAAGAAUUUAAAGUUUAGAUAGAUAUCCUCAGUUGCUUUGCAUAUUAAAAGAGAGGAUGCAACAGUGGGUAUCAGGAACUACACACAUUUCCAGUCCUCUAUUUUUAUAGCAUAGAGCAUCAUUCAAAAAGUUUUGAUGUGCUUCAUUUUUUUUUCUUUCUGUAUUUCUGUAUUGUAAAUUUUCUAGGACAUGACAAACUCUUAUGUGAAAAUAAGCACAUUAUUCCAAAGCCUUCUGAUAAAGACAUAGGCAAAUAAAUAUCUGAUGUUUGAAGAGAAAAGCCUUAUCUGGCAGAAGUUGCCACUAGUAACAAAACUUACUAAGAGGUCAAUGGACCUUGUGCUUAUGGUCUAGGAAUAGCCUAUAUGAUUUAUAUUUUUUGGAGGAUAACAGAAGCACCUAAGACCUCUCAUUGGGUAAGUGUUAUAGAGAUUUAUCUAUUUUGAGAAAUAUUUUGGUCUUAAAGAUAAAACAAUGCCAACCUUACUUUCUCAAUAUUUUUCACUUUGCUACCAUUUUCUAGAAUCAUUGUUAUCUGAAUCAGUUAAUGGGAGAAAUAAUUUGUAAUAACAUGGGCUUUUCUCAGCAUAAAUUACCUUGGCUUUUCUAUAACAAAUUAAAAGGAUCAAUUUCAUUUCACCUAUCUCCAUGAAGUUAAACUGAAGGUUAUAUUGUUUCUAUGCUCCUGAAGAUCCUUGAGGGUAAUUUUAAUUUUUUCAGAGAAAUAAAAGAGAGGACAUUUCCUUCCAAAUAUUACCACAGACCUUUUUUGAGUUUCAAAAUCUUUUUCAGGCUUCUAUUUGUGGUCCCAUCUCAAUCUAAAUAACCUUUUUCUGAUGCUUCAAUUGAAACUGUUGAUCAGUUCUGGCAAGAGAACUGAAUUGGCCGUGGCCUGUUCUAUAAGUUUCUGGAUUGAUUUGUGUUAAUGUCAUCAGGACUUAUUUCCUUAUAGAAAAUUAAUUAUGAAAGAUGUGUUCUAAGGUAAUAAGAAAAAAAAAGAAAAACAUCAGUGAAACAUGUCAAAAAAAUAAAAACAGGCUAUAUGAGAGAGAUUCAUGGUUAUAUACGGAAUCAUUUUUUCUGUCCUUUAUAUGUGGAAAUAUUCAUGUUGAGUGUUAAGUUCAUAAUUAAAAAAGAAUUAAAGAUUA